GAUUUUAGGUCCUGAUGGACGACACGGAAUGGGUGUGGCGUGUGUGCCGCGCGAUGGAGCCGCCACCCACCGAGCCUUGGCAAUUGGAGAAGGCGCUAGGGGCGCCACUGCUGGAGCGAUUGCCGGUAUCGUGGAAGCGAUUAGCGCAGCUAGAGGGUGUGUUUGGCCGUGACAAGGCGGCGGCGCUCUUUGCUUCGCCGGCGGAAUGCCAGGCCGAGGACGUCUCCACGGUUGCGUCACUUGUGCUGAAUCGCGGCUACCAGUCUCCUAGCUGGGAGGAUCUCCACAGCCUGUGCUUGACAGGAAUCUGGGAACUGUGCCUUCGGUAUCUGGAUCCAACAAUGGAGGAAGUUCUAGCUCCAGGCACAAACUCCGCGACCCUGGACGAAGCGGAGACAAAGUCUUGGCCGGACCUCCUCUUGUUUGCCAAGAAAAGGCUGGUUUUCAAGAGCGAGCACCGCGCUCGUCGUGAGGAGCUUGGAUCAGCGUGGUCGACCCUGGCAUACAGCCUAGGCAAUAUAAGUCCGUGCUUCCAUCGCGGCUUGGAUUGGACCCUUGGAGCAGCCACUGGUGCUAGAAUGCUCAGGUUUGGAGUGUUUUGGCCGGAUGGGGAUAUGGCCCUCUCGCCACUGCUCGACAUCGGCUACGUUUCUUCCAGGUAUGAAGCUAUCAAAAGCUCCAUAAAUCUCAUCAGGAUCGCGCUCUCGUGGCUAUCGGUCUUGGAGGAGUCCAACCACACGAUGCUUAUGCCAUACCAGGCCGUGGCAAGCCAUGUUUAUGGCAAUGGAAAGAUCACCAGGAAACUAGAGAUGGUAGACGGGAUUGCCAUCAAAACGAUCCAGCCAUGGAAGUUACACGAGCUACACGGAUACUCCAAGCUGGAAUACGUGGAGAGAGCUUACAGUGUGAAAUCCCGGCAUGUAGCUCGCUUGGACUGGCAACGUGAUAUAGUCCGGGACGACGUUUACAGGGUCCAGAGCAAGGUGUUUGGAUUCCCAGCACGUCCAACGCAGCAAGAACAGCUUGUGCAAGCAGUGAAGCAUACUUUGCUGGGACUGGAUGCUCUCCACGGACCUGUGCUUGGUUGGCUCUAUGUUGGAAGGGCUGGUGCUGGAUCGCCAGGGAUGGGAAUUCAAGAGCAAGCUCGAGAAAAAAGAGUAUGUUUCUGCGAAGGAUGCAUUGAGUGAUCCCUUUCUUUCUUGAAGUGUAGUCUUAAGAUCCUUUCCACUUUCUUUUCCAGUGUUCAGUGAAGCUAAACUGUAAGCUUGCCAACGGCAAGAAUGGUUUUUAUAAGAUAUAGUUUGCUGUGAACUUU